GACAAACAAUUAUUUUCCAAGUUCAUUGAGGCUUUCUCCUAGGAAAGUAACCUUAAUUUUUCUCUCUGAAGUUUUCCUUAUAUUAAAUGGUAAAUCAAAUACUAGCUGGAUAUCCUUUAUCCUAACAACAUUUUAGUAAGUUAUCAAACUGUUGAGUUACAAUAAACUAAAUUGGUGCAAACGUGAGAACGCAUAAUUUAUGUAUGUAAACAAGUUUUUGAAAACCUAACGGGUCAACGCAUCCAACGUUCAUGAUGAUUUUCUCAUAGCAACCAUGAAAAGAACAAAAUUAAAAGCUACAACCUGUUUGCUUUAAACAGUCGACAAAGUACAACGUUGCUCCCCGUAAGUCCAACCCCCACCACACGGCUAUAAAUAAAAGGUAGACAGGUAAAAAACAAAGGUAAAUGAGAAUUUUCCUCUUGCUUUUCUUUUUCUCCGUUGCAGCUCACUAAUUGAUUCCGAAAAAAAUCCCAAGGCAAUUGAAAAAAUAGUGAUACAAAACGCUUCAAAUUGUUUCACCCUUUUUAGUAAAUUGAUAGUGCAUUCAGCUUCCGGCAGUUAUGGAAAAUUCAGGCAAUAAACUGGCGACCACUAUAAUAGACGAAAACUUGAUUGGCAAACGUCACGAAUUCGAUGGUCCAUUCGGUAAAAGGCAUGUGAUAUACUGUGAUUACACUGCGUCGGGCAAACCGUUGCACACAAUCGAAUCCUUCAUCAUGAAAGAGGUUCUUCCAGUCUACGGUAAUACUCACACGACGACUUCCAUUACUUCGGUAAAAACGACACUCUUCCGGGAUGAGGCUAGAGAAAUCCUAAGACACGCAGUUGGAGCUUCCGAAGAUGACGCCGUAAUAUUUGUCGGCAGUGGUUGCACAGGUGCGGUUCACAAGUUAGCAGGUAGCCUCCAUCUGGCUGAACGUCCGAUUAUCUUCGUCGGUGCGACUGAUCAUCACUCGAAUCUUUUACCCUGGAGAGAAAUAGCUUCAAGAAUUAUUCGCAUUGAAGAAGACCUAAACGGCCUGCUAAAUACUGACGCACUGGAACAUUCAUUAAAGAUAGCCCGGAAAGAAAAUCGGAAAAUGAUUGGAUGUUUCACAGUCGCUUCAAAUAUCACUGGCACACUUUAUCAAGACAUGAAAAUCACCGCACUUCUCCACCAAUACGGAGCUCUCUCUUUCUGGGACUAUGCCACAGCAGCUCCCUACGUUAAAAUAGCCAUGAAUCCUACUUCUGCAGCUUAUCCAUCAGGCGUAGCUCACAAGGACGCCAUUUACUUUUCGAUGCACAAAUUUGUCGGCGGUGUUCAAACGCCUGGUAUUCUGGUUGUCAAAAAGGCUCUUCUUAAGAAUCACGUACCCCACGGAGCCGGCGGCGGGACAGUCCUCUUUGUCGACCGAAACAGCCACGUUUACACGCGUGAUAUCGAAAUGCGUGAAGAAGGCGGCACUCCGGCUAUCGUGGAAAACAUCAGGGCCGGCCUAGUAAUGAAAUUAAAGGAAAGGGUCACAGCUGAGUGGAUUAUGGCGAGAGAAGAAAAUCUUGCGAAACUUGCCUAUUCAGAAUGGCAACAGAUUCCUGAACUGAUUCUCCUUGGAAGCACAACAGCCCCACGAUUGGCUCUUUUCUCUUUCGUCAUCCGUCAUUUGGGAACCGGCUAUUAUUUACAUCACAACUUUGUUUGCGCAUUGCUCAACGAUAUUUAUGGCAUUCAGGCUCGAGGUGGUUGCGCUUGUGCUGGACCGUACGCCCAAGAUUUGCUCGGAAUGGAUGAAGCUCUUACUGACCAAUUUCAAGAAAUGAUUGUCGACGCUGAAGAUGGUCAUUAUUACGAUAUCCUGAGGCCGGGCUUUACGCGAUUAAAUCUACCCUACUUUGCCCCCGAUGCGGAAAUUGAUUACAUCAUUAAGGCUGUUGUGGCAAUAGCCAAACACGGAUGGACAAUGUUGCCUUAUUAUCGAACGAAUAUUGAUACCGGAGAAUGGCAUCAUCACGACACGAAAUCAUUGCCAAGCGCCAAUCGAAAACUUUUAGCCGAAUUUGACUUCAGCGCCAUUUGCAAACCGGUGAACUACAUCGACGAAUCUGACGUAGCAACUGAAACGCCAAUCAACUACGAGGAUUACCUUCGAAAAGGAAACGAUAUUUUUCGGUUAGCCAUGGAAGAGGACUGCAUGAUAAAUAAAACAGAACAGCAACUUCAUUUCGAUAACAACCUCAAGGCAAACAAGCUGCGUUGGUUUCUUUUCCCCAAUGAAGCCAAUAACAAGAAACCUUUAAAUGGCAAAGUGGCUCUGCCUUUCACACCUCGUCGAUACGCUAAAGAUAUUGCGCAAUGUGAAUACCAUUCGCAACAUUAUUCUACCAUCCCAAGAGAAGACAAUUUGAAUGAAAUAGCUGCAGAAACAAUCAACGAGCGCAUGCUGCGUCUUGGCAAUCGGCGCAAGUGUUUCCCGGGAACUUCGUAAGACCCUAAGCUUGAAAUGAUAAUAGACACUUCGUAGAUCCACAUAAUAUUCUUAUGAAUUUGAUCAAUAAACUUUUAGAACAA